UAGAUUAUUAAGGGCCCCACUUGUUUGACGGGUAGUUUUGACGUCCCUCUCCCCCCCUCCCCACAUAUAUAUAUAUUCUCUCUUUCUGCCUCGUUUCUCCCCUCACCAAACUUUCCUUUCCUUCGUUGCUUUCGCCUUAAGCGGUCACAAUAUUUCGGUUAAUAUGGGAACCACCGUCAAAGGGGUUGUGCUGUUGCUGUUCAUCUCGUCCCUGUUGUGUUCUGUAGUACUUGCAUCCAAUGAUGGGCUGGUUAGAAUUGGGCUGAAAAAGAUGAAAUUGGAUCCAAACAACCGGCUUGCUGCGCAGCUUGACUCAAAGGAUAGAGAGGCUCUCAGAGCAUCUAUUGCUAGAAAGUAUCGCUUCCGUAAUGAUCUAGGAGACUCUGAGGAAACUGAUAUUGUUGCACUGAAGAACUACAUGGAUGCUCAGUACUAUGGUGAGAUUGGUAUAGGAACUCCACCGCAAAAGUUCACUGUGAUAUUUGACACAGGAAGCUCAAAUCUGUGGGUACCAUCAACUAAGUGCUAUUUCUCGGUCGCAUGUUUCUUCCAUUCCAAGUACAAGGCAAGUGAGUCAAGUACUUAUAAGAAGAAUGGGAAAUCUGCUUCUAUUCAAUACGGUACUGGAGCUAUUUCUGGUUUCUUUAGUAAUGACAAUGUUAAAGUCGGCAACUUGGUUGUGAAAGAUCAGGAAUUUAUAGAGGCUACUAAGGAGCCAGGUGUUACAUUUAUGGCGGCCAAAUUUGAUGGGAUAUUAGGACUUGGGUUUAAGGAGAUUUCAGUUGGGGAUGCUGUCCCAGUGUGGUACAACAUGGUCGAACAAGGUCUUAUCAAAGACCAGGAAUUUUCAUUUUGGCUUAAUCGCAAUGUAGGAGAAGAAAUGGGUGGUGAAAUUGUGUUUGGUGGGGUUGAUCCAAACCACUACAAGGGCAAGCACACAUACGUUCCUAUAACACAAAAAGGCUAUUGGCAGUUUGACAUGGGUGAUGUUCUUAUUGGUGACAAACCAACUGGAUAUUGUGCUGGUGGUUGUGCAGCAAUUGCAGAUUCUGGAACUUCCCUGCUGGCAGGUCCUACAACUGUGAUUACCAUGAUAAACCAAGCAAUUGGAGCCUCUGGAGUGGCUAGCCAGGAGUGCAAGGCAGUGGUUCAACAGUAUGGACAAACCAUCAUCGAUUUACUUGUAUCUCAGGCAGAACCCAUGAAAAUCUGCUCCCAAAUUGGAUUGUGCGCUUUUGAUGGCAGUCAUGGUGUUAGCAUGGGCAUUGAGAAUGUGGUAGAUGAGAGCAACGGCAAAUCGUCUGGAAUUCUUCAUAGUGCUAUGUGCCCUGCUUGCGAGAUGGCAGUUGUGUGGAUGCAGAACCAACUGAUGGAGAAUCAGACUCAAGACCGCAUAUUGGACUAUGCCAAUCAGCUUUGUGAUCGGGUGCCAAACCCAAUGGGAGAAUCUACUGUCGACUGUGGAAGUCUUUCUUCCAUGCCAACCAUUUCCUUCACUAUUGGUGGCAAAGCUUUUGAGCUUACACCAGAAGAGUACAUUCUGAAGGUGGGUGAAGGUGCUGAAGCUCAAUGCAUCAGUGGCUUUACUGCUUUGGAUGUCCCUCCUCCUCGUGGACCACUCUGGAUUUUGGGAGAUGUGUUCAUGGGUCGCUACCACACUGUGUUCGAUUUUGGUAAACUUAGAGUUGGGUUUGCAGAGGCAGCAUGAAGGGGACCUGAGGUUUUCAAUGGCCAUAAACUAUAUAUGUGUAUGUUUUAAAUUUAUAAAGAUCCAACGAAAGCCUAAAACCUUGAAAAGAAAUGAUGCUGUGUUGCCUGUAAAUAUUUGCGCUCCUGCACUGUAGGAUUUGUUUUUAGAAGAAGUCAAAAAUAUUGUGGUUGCUUUUAAUGAAUGGUUACCAUAUAUUUGAAUUCUCA